GGGUCCGCGGCCUGGUCGUGGGAUCGGGGCUCGGAGACUCAGAGCCCCAGGGUCUCCUCCGCCCUGGGGGAGGAGCCGCGGGCGGCGAUGGGGGAGGGGGGGAGACGCGAGGCAGGGGUCGCCCGCCAGCCUCGUCCGGGAGACCCGAGGCCCUCCCUCCCGCCCAGGAGGCCCCGCCGCCGAGCCCGCCCGGUGGGCAGUGGGAGACCGAGGCCCGGGCGAGAGGGAAGCGCCUGAGCGGCCGGGCUUGGCAGGCCCAGGACCCCAGGCCCAGCCCCCGCCCUCUUCCCGUGCCGGAGCAGGCCGGUUCGCUCCGGGGCCGAGGGUGCCGUGUGUUCAUCCGCCCCUCCGCCGCCCGCGUAUUUCUUUUCCAGGUGGGGGAUCUUGCCGGCCCCGUGAAGGCCCGAGAAGCAUGAAGCUCCUGUGUGUGUUGGCCGUGGUCGGAAGUCUGCUGGUGCCCCCAGCCCAAGCAAACAAGAGUUCUGAAGAUAUUCGUUGUAAAUGCAUCUGUCCACCGUAUAGGAACAUCAGCGGGCACAUUUACAACCAGAAUGUGUCACAGAAGGACUGCAACUGCCUGCACGUGGUGGAGCCCAUGCCAGUGCCCGGCCACGACGUGGAGGCCUACUGCCUGCUGUGCGAGUGCAAGUACGAGGAGCGGAGCACCACCACCAUCAAGGUCAUCAUCGUCAUCUACCUGUCGGUGGUGGGCGCCCUCCUGCUCUACAUGGGCUUCCUGAUGCUGGUGGACCCUCUGAUCCGGAAGCCGGACGCCUACACCGAGCGGCUGCACAAUGAGGAGAGUGAGGACGCCCGCUCUGCGGCCGCCACCUUCGGGCCCCGGGCAAACACGGUCCUGGAGCGCGUGGAGGGCGCGCAGCAGCGGUGGAAGCUGCAGGUGCAGGAGCAGCGGAAGACCGUCUUCGACCGGCACAAGAUGCUCAGCUAGGCGCGGCCCCAGCCUCCGGGGCUGGACGGAGCUCGGUGCUCUCCCAGCUCUGUGCCACCCUCCGGGCCUCCCCCUUUAAAGCCCUGGGCAGCUUCAUUCUCUCCGUCUUUCGAAAUGUCAUGCUCAGCUGGGUGAUCCUGAAGUGCGCUGGUUCCCCACUCAAGGCGGUCUCAGGGUGGAGGUGGGGGGACCACAGCCAGCCAGGGCCCUUGGGGCUGGAGCAGGCCUGUCUCCUGGCUGGGCCCUCCCCACCCCAGCCUGCGCACCACCCUCCUGGCUCCAGACCCUGGGGGCUGGGUCAUCGGGAGCUGCCUCCCGACCGGACCCCCCAGCCCUCAGGACGGCCCUGCCAGGAGGGCUGGGUGCUCAACCCACUGGUCCUCAGGGCCCCUGGUUGUGUUCCAGCUUCUCCCCUCAUCCUCUUCUCACAUUGACGAGGGUGGGCAGAGUGCAGGCCCCUGCCCACUCUGCCUGGGCCCCUGCUCCCACCUCAGGAAGCCAGGCUGUCCCCCCCAACCCCAUCCCUGCCCCACAGGCUGCAGUUGCUGAGCCAUUGGUGGGACCACAGGACCCCGAGGCCACACGGUGGGCCCCGGCCCCUGGGCCCCGGUCCUCAGAUCACCACUUGUCCCUGAGUUUCAGCGUCCCCGUGCAUGGAGACCGCUGUCCUGUUACUCGCUAUCAUUAAAUUGUCUUUUUUUUUCCCUCA